AUGGCUGACCAGCAGAUGAUUUACUUCCAUAACAAGCUUGUUGUUGAACAUGAGUCCCUUCGUUCUGAUUACAUCAAGGCGUUUGCUCUUGAUAAGGCUGAUGAAAUGCUUUCAAUGGGAUUCAAGGAUCAGAUCUAUGAUAUCUUCCGGUUGUUGCCAUCAAAGGUUCAUGUUGAUGUGUUCUCCGCAGCAAACCAAGUUAGGAUUCUUGUGAAGCGUGAUAAACUCACUUUGGAAGGUAUUAAAAAGUUCUAUUUGAAUGUGGAGAAAGAAGACUGGAAGUAUGAAACACUCUGUAGCCUUUUCGAGACGUUUAUGAUUUACAGAGGGAAAAUGGUGAAAACGGAGGCUGGGUACAAAAGUGGUUUUGGGAAAAAGAGUCCGGCACAGAUCAUAACUGAUUCUGGCCUCAUCAUUGCAGAGAAUUAA